AUGCUUGCUGGAUCGUUUUCCCAAGUGUGUGAUGACUGGGAGCACUUUCUACAACGUAAAUAUAAACCCGUCAACCCUGUUGAAUCAUUCAGAACAUAUGACAUUGCUAAGCCGAGUGUAGUUAAACUAUAUAAAGAACAACAUCAGAAACAAACUCUAGAUUUUGUUAUUAGAAGUCGGCAAAAGUUUAGCCAACUAGACAAAGCCCAUAUGGGAAUAUGGGAAGCAUUAGAGAUGUUGAAUGAGCUUAAGGACGAAUCCGACAACGAUACCGAGUUGUCGCAAAUUGAACAUUGUCUGCAGACAGCCGAGGCAUUAAAAAGAAAUGCUAAAAAGGAAAGAUUUGAUGAUUGGAUGAUAUUGACUGGGCUCAUUCAUGAUCUAGGGAAAUUAUUGUAUUAUUUUGGUGCAGAAGGACAAUGGGAUGUUGUUGGGGAUACAUUUCCAGUUGGAUGUCGGUUUUCGGAGAAAAUUGUUUAUCCAGAGUUUUUCAAAUCGAAUCCUGAUUAUUACAACCCCGCAUAUAACUCACUCUACGGAAUCUAUAAAGCAAACUGCGGAUUGGAUAAUGUUCUCAUGUCAUUUGGACAUGACGAAUACAUGUACAUGGUAGCCGAGAAAUAUUUGCCACAAGAAGCAUUAUACAUAAUUCGCUACCAUAGUUUCUAUGGACAGCACCGCGAGAACGCAUACACACACCUGAUGAACGAGCGAGAUCAUGAAAUGAUGAAAUUGGUGAAAACCUUUAAUUCUUACGAUUUGUAUUCGAAGAGCGAUGCGCCACCAGACAUCACAAAGUUGAAGCCGUACUAUCAAACUCUAAUCCGCAAAUACUUUCCAGACAAAAUUAAUUGGUAG